CGGACCCGGCCCGACCUCUCCGCACCUCCGCCGAGUUUGGCCGGCCCAGAAGGGCAGCCAAAAGUUCAGCAUGCAGGAAGUUUGGAGGCAGCUCGGAGAGUAGCGCGUCGGCGGUGAUUGCUGCUUCCCGUGCUGUGGGGUUUUGCUUUUUUUUUUUUGCGGGGAUUGUGCCAUUCCCCCUCCGCCCCUCCACCCCCCACCCCCCCUCGCUCCCCGCAUACAACUCCCCCAAACACACAAGCAGCCCGCAACAACCAAAAAGUCCGGCAAGAGGGAGAAAACACGAGCGAGGGAAGAACCCUCGGCGGGAGAGCCCGUUUCUUCGCAGAGACACGGUCCCGCUCGCAGCUGGUCCCAAUGCAACUGCUCAUCCUCCUCCUGCUCUACGCCGUCGUCCGUGCGAACUUUUGCAGCCGUCAGGGCACCACCGCCCCUGCCCAGAGCGGAUCUAUAAAAGCCCUGCGGGCCUCCAACAUCAGGCGAGAUGAGAGCAAUCACCUCACAGACUUGUACCGAAAAGAAGAGACCAUCAGCGUGGCAGGGAAUGGCUGCAUCCACAGUCCUCGCUUCCCCAGUAGCUACCCCAGGAACCUCCUACUGACGUGGCGGCUCCACUCCCCAGAGAGCACCAGGAUCCAUCUGGCUUUUGAUAAUCAGUUUGGACUGGAGGAACCUGAAAAUGAUAUCUGCAGGUAUGACUUUGUGGAAGUGGAAGAUGUAUCAGAGACCAGCACAGUUAUACGAGGACGGUGGUGUGGGCACAAGGAAAUACCUCCAAGAAUAACAUCAAGAACAAAUCACAUAAAGAUAACCUUCAAAUCUGAUGACUAUUUUGUGGCUAAACCUGGAUUCAAGAUAUGUUACUCCCUUGUGUGUAGCUCGAAAGAGACAGAUUUUGCAAACACUCAGGAAAUGGAUGAUUUCCAGCAUGCAGCCUCAGAAACCAACUGGGAGUCAGUCACAAGCUCUGUCUCAGGGGUAUCCUAUCCCUCUCCAUCAGUGACUGAUGCUACACUCACGGCAGAAGCACUGGAUCAAACCAUUGCUGCAUUUGACACGGUGGAGGAUCUGCUCAAACAUUUUAACCCGGACUCCUGGCAAGAAGAUCUUGAGAAUCUGUACACAGACAGUGGCCACCAUUAUCGAGGCAGGAGCUACCAUGACAGGAAGUCCAAAGUUGACUUGGACAGGUUGAAUGAUGACGUGAAACGUUACAGCUGCACCCCGAGAAACUACUCUGUCAAUUUAAGGGAGGAACUGAAGCUGACAAAUGUAGUUUUCUUCCCCCGCUGCCUCCUUGUCCAGCGCUGUGGAGGAAACUGUGGCUGUGGGACUCCAAACUGGAAAUCUUGCAUGUGCAUGUCAGGGAAAACAGUGAAAAAAUAUCAUGAGGUGCUGAAAUUCAUCCCUGAGGCUGGGCAUACCAGAAGAAAAGGCAGAAUCAGGAACAACAUGGCCUUAGUUGAUAUACAGCUGGAUCACCAUGAGCGUUGUGAUUGCAUCUGCAGUUCAAGACCACCCCGAUAAAAAAAAAAAAAAAAAAGGAGAAAAAAAAGAAAGAAAGAGAGAGAAAGAAAGAAAGAAAGAAA